UGUCAUUUCGCAUUGUCAUUUGAGGUUAUAUCUGCAUGUGUUUUGUUUACAUCUGUAAUCGGACUUUAUAAAAAUAACACACAAAAAUGGCAAAGAAGAGAAAUAAGAAAAAUGAUAAGAAAAAGAAAGUAGCCGUAGUAUUUGAUGAAGCUAAAAGAAAAGACUUUUUAUGUGGGUUCCGCAAACGAAAAUUAGAACGUAAAAAGAAAGCACAAGAAGAAAUACAAAGAAUGUUGAAGGAAGAGAAAAGGCGGAUCAAACAGGAGAACAAAGAAUCAUACAAGAAACUCAUUGUAUCGUCUCGUCCAAUCCCAGAUUUAGAACAAAUACUUCAAGAGGAAUAUGAAGAUGAUGAUGUUAAUGUUAAGAUAGUGGAACUGUCAUCAGAUACGCUCCAAAAGAGGGAUAUUGUCAUUGGUGAGAACAGGCCUCAAGUAGCGGUAGAAAAAAAGGUUAAAGUUAAAAAAGAAACUACAAAUUUACAAGAUGUUCCCGGAAUGGCUUCGGAAGUAGAAAGUGAAGAGGAGCCAGAACCAGAGGAAGAUGAUAAAACGAUGAAAACGAAAAAGGAAGUAAAGAAAUUACUCAAACAACAAGCAACUAAAAAAUUACAGAAAAGCAAAGUAUUCCAAAUGAAAACUAAAUUAGAUAGAAUACAGAAUAAAAAGACUCACAAGAAGAAAGCUAAAGUUGAACAGAAAAAGGAUAAGUCGAAAAAGAAAAACCACAAGAGAAAACAUUAAAAUCUUUUAUUCCAAAUAUUGUAUCUCUUACAAAUCCACUUAUAACAAAUGAGGUAUUUUGAUCAUAUCAAAUAACAAACUACAAAUGACUUAAUCAUUAAAUACAAACAAUACAAAAAU